AAGUUGGAAGUUAGAAGUAUGGAAACAAGGUCAACACUCUUUUUUGGGUAUAGACCAUGGUCAACGCUAAAUACGAAUUAGUAAUUAAAGUAUCAUUUUUGUCUAUUCUAAAAACAAUAGAUGAAAUGUAUACACCGUCAGAUUCACUCCAAUCAACGGUUGAGAUAUAGGUAGCCCAAGUAACUAAUUACUAUUACAAGUACUACGUAUUAAAUAACCAAAACAUAACGCCACAAAACAAUAAAUCGCGUUGAAUUGGUUUCUGGAAGAGCCUAUGCAUUUCGUUUGUAAUUCGCAUGGAGCCAUCAAAUUCAGCUCCGCCAAAACCGUGGGAGAAAGCAGCAGCAGGAUCAGGAGGAGCAGCACCUUUCAAACCUCCAUCAGCAGGUAGAACAAGUGAUGUAGUUGAAGCUUCAGGGACUGCAAAACCUGGGGAAAUAGUUUCUGCUUCUGAUAAGACAGCACCUGUCAAUAGGAAUGUUCUUGGGAGACCCCUUCCCACAAGGCCAUGGCAGCAGAAUUAUGGAAAUAACAGCUAUGGAGGUUAUGGUUCUAUAAUGAAUUAUAAUUCUGGAUAUGGAUAUGGUGGAAUGGGAGGUUUGAAUGGCGGUGGAAUGUAUGGUGGUGGAAUGUAUGGCAACAGUAUGUACAGGGGAGGAUAUGGGGGGUUUUAUGGCUCCUCUGGGAUGUAUGGUGGGGGAAUGUAUCGUGGCUUUGGUGGUCAAAUGGGUGGUGAUCCUUAUGGAGCUGCAGAUCCCAAUAAUCCGGACGGUGCUCCUCCAUCGCCGCCAGGAUUUUGGAUUUCUUUUUUACGCUUGCUGCACGGCGUGGUUAACUUUUUCGGCCGGAUUUCAAUCCUCAUUGACCAGAACACGCAGGCUUUUCAUAUGUUCAUGACUGCACUUCUUCAACUUUUUGAUCGCUCUGGUCUAUUGUAUGGAGAACUAGCAAGAUUUGUCAUGCGGUUGCUUGGAAUCAAAACCAAGCCCAAUAAAAUUAACCCUCCAGAUCCAGAUGGAAUUCCGCACAAUUCCUCUGUAAAUAAGAACCAUAUUGAGGGAACAAAGUGUGCUCCAAGGGAUUAUUGGGACAACGUAUGGGGAAAUGAUGACAAGAAAUGAUGUGAACUUGCUUUGCUGAUAGAGUGAGUCCAAAUACAAUCUAAGGAAUUGAGAAACAGCUGCGGCAAUACAAAUACAGAUACUGAAGUUGUGAAAAACAUGCAUGCAUAUUCUGGAAUUUUAUGUUCCGUAUGCGUUGCUUAGAUUGGUUUGUUUUACGGGAAAUGGAAUGCUCUGGUAACAAAAGAGAAUAGGCUAGUAAUACAUUUAGCUUCUAUGCACUUUCUCUGAAUUUCGUAGAUGCUAUUUGUAUUUGUAGUUGUUUGUAUUGCUUUGUAUUUCAAACGUUGCUUAACCUUUUGGGGGUGACAUUGAAAUAAAUAAGUUUUGAGCUGAGGAAAAAU